UAUGUUUUGAAGUUAAUCCUUGGGUUCAAGUUUUCACUUUUUAGAAGUGACGCGAUCACUAGAUCGACACGCUAGUAGCAUGACAUGUGGGAGGCUGUCAAUGCAGGUCCGUUGGCAUUGAACCAUGAGAUCUCGAGCCCUUGCAUCCGUUAGCAUGAUGGAUAAGACCCAUGGCAAUGGGACAAUAAGAUGGGGAUUAUAUCUGAUACGUACCAAAUGCCAUACUUCCCCCUAUCCUAUAAGAAGAAAUGGAUUCAGAGUCACUGUUCUCAUUCUAAUCAAUCUAGUCUGAUUCAGACAUUACUGACCAGUACUUCUUACCACCUCCAAGAUGUUUUUUAAGCAACCAUUUACAGUGCUCUUAUCCCUUUCGGCCACCGCUCUGGCUUGGGACGCUCCUGGUUACAGUGGCUUCACACGUGUCUGGCAGGACCCCUUCUCUGGUGCAGCCGGCACUUUGCCUGACACUAGCCGAUGGAACAUCAUACAGGGGUAUCUCAACGUCAACGCGGAACUCGAGGUCUAUACAUCAUCCAGCCGUAACGUCCAACGAAGCGGCGGCGACACCCUCCAGCUAGUCCCAUGGCGAGACGCUUCAGCCCUCAAGGGCUGGACUUCUGGCCGUGUUGAGAGCAAAUAUGUCUUCACACCUCAGCCAGGCAAGGUCACACGAGCCGAGGCCAACUUGCGAUUUGGCUCUUGCUCCAUUAACAACAAGCAAGGAAUCUGGCCCGCCUUUUGGAUGCUUGGAAACAUUCUUCGCAACGGCGGUAGCUGGCCUUCUUGUGGCGAGCUUGAUGUGAUGGAAACUGUCAACGGCCAGCUGACGGGAUACGGAACUGCCCAUUGCGAUGUUUAUCCCGGUGGCAUUUGCAACGAAGGUACCGGCAUUGGUGGAACGGUUGGGAUCCCGAAUCAGGACUGGCAUACCUGGAGAAUUGAGUUCAAUCGAGCCAAGAGCAGCUGGCGAGACGAGACUAUUACCUGGUUUUUAGACGGACAGCAGUUCCAUCAGAUCUCAGGUGCGAGAAUCAACAACGAGGGAGUCUGGAAUACCUUGUGUCAUAGUCCAAUGUAUUUCAUCCUCAAUGUCGCUGUUGGUGGUACUUGGCCUGGAUAUCCUAACGGCAACACCUGCGACGGUUAUGGCAGCAUGAUGGAGGUCGGUUAUGUCGCCCAUUACUCUAACUAGGGAUGAGCUGAUGGCCAUACUUUUAUCGCUUUUGUUAUAUACUGUCGUUUCUGCUUUUAGAUCCUUGUCUGCAUCGAGAUAUCCCAUUAGAGGUACAUAUGCUGUUUAUCUGGUCGUCUUUUUUGAGUUCUUCGCCGUCUCUACGCCUUUACAUUCGUUUCUUCUUGUAUUACUACUAGAGAUAGUAUAGAGUAUAUAUUCAAGUUCUACAUAAACCCAAA